AUGGAUGCGGGCGGAGAUAGUACGAAAGGCGAGAGAUUGCUCACCGAUCUCACAACUCUUUUCAUCGGUCAAAUGCCUUACGACACCAAGGUCGAACACAUUGUGCCGUGGCUGAAGACUAUCCUCAAGCGUGAAGGUUGUGCCGGCGACGUGCAUGCUGUGCGCCUCGCUGGGGGAGGAACAUCCAACAGGAAAUUCAGAGGAUUCGCUUUUGUUGACUUCAAGUCUCGUAAGGCAGCGAAGAAGUGCCGCAAGUUCCACAACACCCUUUUCCGCGGACGCAAGGUAUCCAUCGAGCCGUGCUCACGUAAAAAUUACUCUUAUCCGAAGAGCACCAAGGGAGAGGAUGAUGUUGAAGGCGACGUAAAGAGACAAUUGAAACGGCUCGUAGAUUCCGAUAGUGUUGAUGCAAUGGUGAAGGAGGCAUGCUUUGCUUCAGAGGGAACACUGCGAGAGCAUGACCUGGACGAAAAGUUGAGAUCGUUUCUUUCACUUCUUCCCAGGAAAGUGGGAGUGGCCGCUCUGAAAGCCAUACAGAAGCAGACGAGCAAGGCUCCCCGAACAAGCAGGGCUCGAUAUUUCAUGGGGAUAGUAAAAAAGGUAUCAAAACAGCACUGGGAUAAGAGCGAGGCAAAAAGAAAGAGAGUAACGCCGCGUGAACAGCCAUAA